ACCAUUAGCUCGAUCUUGUUUUUCACCAUUUUUCACCGGAAGUUGCUUCUGUGAGACGCUUUCGGUGCCUCCGCAAUAGUUCCGUCUGCCUUGUUUUCACCCCCUUCCUCCCAAAAGACUCCUGACUAAACCCGCCCGUUUUGCCAUGGCUCGUCGCGACGAGAAGAAGCGGCGCAAGCGGGACGAUUCGGACAGCGAGGAUUCGGACGAGCGCAGGAGACGGAGCAGGAAGAGCCGGAAAUCGCGGAAGGACAGCGACGACGAUUCUGACGAGGACGAUGCUGCCUCCACGUCGGAUUCCGACGGCGAUCGCGGCCGGAACCGCAAACGGCGGAGCCGCGGGAGCCGGAAAAAGCUCCGCAAGGGUGACUCUAGCGAGAGUGACGAUGACAGUCGGAGUAGGAGCCGAAGCAGAAGCAGGAGCAGGGGACGGAGCAAAAAGGAUAAGAAAGACAGGAAGGCGAAAAGAAACAAGAAGAGCAAGCGGGAUUCCCGGCGGCGACGGGAACCGUCGGAUUCGGAGCGAUCAGAGGAUAGUAGCGGGAGUGGGAGUGGGAGCGAUAGCGGGAGUGAUAGUGACGGGGGUCCGUCGGGCGGGAGAGGGAAGAAGGUGUCUGAGGAGGAGCUCCGGGAGUACCUGGCGAAACGCGCGCAGAAGAAGGCGGCGAAAUUGGCGAAGAAGCUCAAGCCGAACGCCGUGUCUGGUUACACGAAUGACAGUAACCCGUUCGGGGACACCAACCUCACUGAAACCUUCGUGUGGCGCAAGAAGAUCGAGAAGGACGUGCUGAGGGGCACCUUGGACCCGCGGGAGAUCACGCUGCAGAAUGAGAGGAAGAGACUCGAGGCCCGCAUGGAGGAGAUUGAGAAGGUGAAGAAGCGACGGGAGGAGAGGAUGCUAGAGAAGGCUCAACAUGACGAGGAGAUGGCUAUGUUGGCGCGUGAGAGGGCUCGAGCCGAGUUCCAAGACUGGGAGGAGAAGGAAGAUGAGUUCCACUUUGAGCAGAGCCGCGUUCGCUCGGAGAUCCGCCUGAGGGAGGGCCGGGCGAAGCCCAUCGACGUGCUUGCGAGGAACCUCACGCUCUCAGGGGACUUUGACAUCGAGGUCAACGAGCCGUACAAGAUCUUCAAGGGCCUCACGGUGAAGGAGAUGGAGGAGCUCAAAGAGGACAUCAAGAUGCACCUCGAGUUUGACCGCAACAACCCCAUGCACCAGGAGUUCUGGAAGGCAAUGAUGGUGGUGUGCAACCAUGAGAUAGCCGAAACGACCCGCAGGGAUAUUAUAGACCGAGCGAGGGUGAGAGGGGAGGAGCCGCCAGAGGAUCUCAUAGCGGAGGAGAGGGGCAUGCACACGGCAGUGGGGGCCGACGUGGCCGAAACCCUGGCCGUGGCGGGCAGCGAGGAGCUUUCGCGCAUGGAGGAGCGGAUCGCCGGGCAGAUGGAAACGGGCAGCGCGAAAGUUGUGGAGUACUGGGAGGCUGUGCUGAAAAAGCUGAAGAUUUUCAAGGCGAAGGCGAGAUUGAGAGAGAUCCAUGCUGACCUGCUGAGGCAGCACUUGGCCCUGCUGGAAACGGGAGGGGCGGAGGGAAGGGAAGGGGGAGGAGAGGAGAGGGGGGAUGGGAGAGGGGGAGGGAGAGGAGGGGAGGGGCGGGGAUGGGAGGAAGAGGAGGAGGAGUUGGGUGCUGGCGCUGGUGGUGGUGCUGUUGGUGCUGGGGGUGGUGGUGGAGGGGGAGGAGGAGGAGGAGGGGGAGGAGGAGGGGAGGAGGGGGAGCCAGGGUCGUUUUCACCAGAGUUGUUGACGAUGGAAGAGGCGGCUAAGGAGGGGUACAAGGAGGGUGGGGAGGGCGGAGGGGCUGAGGGAGGGUUUUCGCCAGAGCUGAUUCACACGUAUGAGGUGGAUGGCUCGGACGUGGUUGACCCAGAGGCGGACAAGAGAGAGCUGGAGCGCAAGAGGGCACAGAUACAGGCAGACCGGCAACGCAACGUCCUGGAAGCUUCCGGUGCUGGUGCUGCUAACGUCAGCACAGCAGAGAGGGCCCUGGUGGCGAGGGCGCCUGGUAACGUGGCAGCAGGGGAGGACCGCCAGCUCAGCGCUGCGGAGAAGGCGGCGGCCAAUAAGAUGAUGGGGCAGGAUGCUGGUGACGUGGCGUUUGGUGCCGGGGCUGAGGUGCCCCUGGAGACUCAGGUCUACUGGUGGCACGACAAGUACCGGCCGCGCAAGCCCAAGUACUUCAACCGCGUGCACACGGGGUACGAGUGGAACAAGUACAACCAGACGCACUACGAUCACGACAACCCGCCGCCCAAGAUCGUGCAGGGCUACAAGUUCAACAUAUUUUAUCCAGAUUUGAUCGACCGGUCCAAGCCUCCGACGUACCACAUUGACAAGGAUGGCAGCGACGGCGAGACGUGCUUGAUCCGCUUUCACGCCGGCCCGCCCUACGAGGACAUUGCGUUCCGCAUAGUGAACAAGGAGUGGGAGUACUCGCACAAGAAAGGAUUCAAGUGCACGUUCGAGCGAGGCAUUCUGCACGUGUACAUCAACUUCAAGCGCCACCGCUACCGACGAUAGAUAUACGUACAACCAGUCCGUGGGGUAUGCAGUCCAAUGGCAACGCACAGGAGAAAGGAUUCAAGUGCGCGUUCGGCCACAACAUUCCGUGUGUGUGGCGCGUCAAUCAGCUUUCGCUGCUACCGCUACUGGCGGCGACCGCCUCUGCGGCUGCUUGGGGUCCAGCUUUGGUCUCUUCUGCUCGCUGCAGCUACUGGGAUGGGUUGGAAGGAAAGACGGACCGUCCAGUGCUAACUACCUACUACCAGCUGAGAGAAAUGUGCAGGCAGCCGAAUCAGUGCGCUACUGCAGCCGUCACUGCUGUCUCUCUCACUGCUGUCUCUCACAAUAUGAUGAUGGAACAGUGAAGAGUGCUAUGCUUUAUUCCACGAAGUCGAGUCCAGGACCACGACAGCCUGAUGUGAUGAUGACAGCGUUUCUGCACAUUUUCCACUAGGGUUUUCCACGUCAUUGUCUACCAGACUACCAGUAACUUCACCACAGUAGUAGUUGUCCCUCGAUCUUU